CUAGAAGAAUCUUACCAUGCCCCUCCCAUUUAACCAAAUAUAGACUGGAUUUAGAUUUCCUUUCGUCAGGGGGUGUCACCUCAUCUACCAUAUAUAUAGUUUGUUUUUCUUUAAUAGCAUCAUUACUUCUGUAACCUCAGAGCACCUACCACAAUACAUAUCCUCAUCUCAACAUCUGCUGCAAUGGGAGGAUCACCAUCAUGCGAACCGCCGAGACCAGAGCCACUUCUCCCUAAUCCAUGGCGUGAAGUUGAAUUCAGUGAUGAUGCUUACAUGAAACUUCAAGAAGAAAUAAAAAACCACCAACCACACCCUAAGGCUUCCACAACAAAUAUUCUUAUUUCGGGCAAUGUGGGUUCCGGAAAGUCAAGCUUUCUAAAUUCUGUGCUCUCAGAACUCAGGAGAGAAGAACUCAACGGCAGAGUGCAAAACAUUCAAGCCGUGAGACCAGGUGCACAAACAAGCGUCACACAACAUCUAAGAUGCCACAAAUUCACUGAGAAGAUCAAAAUCUUUGAUACAGCAGGAUUUGAAUUGGAGAAAACAGAAAAUGCCAUGAAAAUAUUAAAGAUCAUAGAUGGUGAAGUGGCUGAAGGCUCAAAGUUUGACGAUAUUCUGAAAACAAAAAGCUCAAUGGAAGGAGACAAAAUCCACUGUGUUGUGUUGGUUAUAUCAAUUCACAACGCUGAAAAUCUGGCCUUGAUUCGGUUUUAUAAAGAAUUCAUUGGAAUGCUCACAGUGACUGGAGUACCAUGCCAGCUGCUUGUUACAUGCGUUGAUGAACUUUUUGAGAAGACUGAGGAUUUGAAAAGUCUGUACAGGAGAAGAGAUAUAAAACAAAAGAUUGAAAUGUUAGCAAAGGAGAUGAGAAUUUCAAUGUGCAAUGUCCUUGUGGUUUCAAACUACUUCGAGGGGGAGAAAAUUAACCAAAUAAAAGGAACUCUGCUGUUGGAGGCGUUUGCUCAAAUGCUGAUGGCUGCAAAACCCUUUCAAGAGAGAAUGUAGAGUAUCACCUGUCACACCUGAAGCACGCUGAGUCCAUUACUCAAUUGGUUAAUUGAUUGCUAAUCGGAGAAUAGUCACUUGGUAUAUUGGGAAGUUGAUUAAUUUGUUUGGAGAGAGACUAGCAGCAGCAGGAGGCUGUGGUCCCAGAUACAAGAAGUAUCACCCAGUCAGCGCUCUCACAGAGUUACUUUUUGUAUUUAUGAAAAUUCAAAUCAUACUCUUUGUACACUUUGUUAAAUCCAUUUCUAAGCUGUCAGCUUUGCAUAAACAGAAGAAAUGUCAAUAAGCAGCUCUGAAUUAUUCAGCAUGUAAUCUACUGUUUAAUCUAUCAUUUUAUGAUUUUUUUUUUUAAAAUACUCUACUUGAGUACUGUUGUUUAAAUCUAGUUCUAACGUCAAUUAAUGAUCUUUGAAUUAAUCAGCAAUAACCUUUGCUGAACCUUACAGCUUACAGAUACUCUUCAAUAAUGUUAAAGACUGGGGAAAAUGAAGAAUGUAAAUCACAGGUGAGCAUGAGUCUUAGUUUUCAUAACAUCAUAAAUGAAAUGGGAAUGAUGUUUUUUUGAAAUAAAUAAAUAAAAUAUGCCUUUGUUUCCUAUUUACGCAGCACUCAUGUUUGCUGUUGCUAUUGUAUUGUAUUGUAUGGUAUUGUAUUGUAUUGUACUGUAUUGGCCAGUCUGUCUAAUAAGGGGGUUCAUUCAAACACCUUUCAGAUGUAUUAACUUCAGGAUGUUCACAUUACUAACCACUGUAUUUGAAAAUCCCAUCUCAUACAUUUCCCAUGUACUGUAAUAUAGCUUCCCUUAUAAAAUUGCUUGGAUAAAUUAAGUGCUGUGAUUGGCUGAACAAAAUCACAUGACUGUGGUAAUAAUUGUCUUACCGCACGGCUAUGACAUCAUAGACCAACUUACUUACCUGAUCUAUUAAUAUUACUACGCCUUAAUAGUAACAAUUAUCUAAACAGUGUUUCUGUAGGUAAAAAUGUCAACAUACAACUGAAACAGCAUUUAAAUCACUCAACAAUCUUUUUUUUCAUCUCUGUCACUUAGAAUUACAGAAAAAAUGGCAAAUAUACUGUGGUAUUUAUUUAGUCAGAGAACAGAACAAAGAAAACUCUGAGGCAAGCAGCAGCAGUAACACUUUUCAAAAGCCAUCUGAGAAAUCACCACGCAAGUCUCAUUCUGCAUGUAAUAUAUACAGGCACCCUUGAUAAAGAUGAGCAAAAAAGGCUGUAUAAAAUAAACAACACAGGUAAUGAGCUAUAUUUUAUGCUCAAAUAUAUGGGAAAACUAUAUUCUUUUAUUCUAAUACAAUUGCUCAGAGAAAAAAGUUUUUUUUUUAUUAACAAGUAAUAGGGCAGCAGUGUGAAGUAGUGGUUAGGGCUCUUGACUCUUGACCGGAGGGUUGUGGG